AAUUUUCCUCAUUUUGAAACAAACGCAAACUGGAACGUACGGAAUUUACAAGAAAUGGCAAAAUAUCGAAAUUACUGGAUCAUGAUUAUUUUUCACAGCCUUGCGAUAGCAUCUUUAAAAGACGGAUUUGAAAACCUUCAGUGGGGCAAGCGAAUCUUGGGAAGGUUACUGACCACUGUUGUCAAGGUCAGUCCAAUAGAAUGCGCCGAGGAGUGCCUUACACGCCCAGGGUGUCUGUCGUUUAAUUACAGACGCGCCGCGAUAUUUUGCGAGCUUAAUUACGUGAGCGGCAACAGUUCUGAUACAAAACCCGUUGAUGAUGACGGUUGGAUUUUUAGUGUAAGAAACACUUGGCCAAAGGAAAUAACAGGCGCAUGUAAAGAUGCUGUAUGUUCCUUGAACGAACAAUGUAAGAGAGGAGCUUUAGGAACCUAUAACUGCACUUUAUCACAUUGUCAUCCAUCAGAUCUGACAAUUUCCCCGGAAAUAAAGCCAUUCCAAUCGAAAAUAGCAGUCGACUUUAACUCUGUACACAAACUGGAAUGCAAAGAUGGAUACAUACAAGUAUCGGGGGAUGGAAAGAUAAAAUGUCAACAGAAUGGCACGUGGACAGGUCAUAAUAUCAGAUGUAGAGGUAAAUGUCAGAUUUAA